CGAAGGCAUCCAAUGGAACACGAACGGUUAUGAUAACCGCACGGUCGGAUCGAGGGGAGGAUCCAAAGAGCGCUCGCUCUCCAUCCGUGUCGGACAAGAGUGCUCGUCGCGGGUCGUCCACGGGCGCGGACGCGACUGCUGGGAAGAAUGCGAAGACGAAGAAGAGACGCAAGGUCAAUCAUGCUUGCAUCUAUUGCAGACGCUCGCAUAUGACAUGCGAUCUGAAUCGACCAUGCAACCGAUGCGUCAAGCGAAGUAUUGGUCAUCUUUGCCACGACGAGCCUCGAGAGCCGGCGAAGAAGAAGGCGGAUAGUGCAAACGGCGCUUCUUCCCGUGAUGGUGAUGGCUCGAAAACAUCCCACUCACCCGAUGCGAAGGUCAAUACGCUAGACAAUCCUAACGCACCGGUGCCUGAUGCAGGGCUGAACAUUGCUGCGUCUUCGUUACCUCAGAAUGGUGUCGGCAACACCAGCACUAUCGUACAGCCGUCUCCCAUAUCUGCCCCAGGGGGUGUGUUGGAGAGUAAUAACCAGUCCUUCCCCCAGCUAGGUGACUGGAACUUCGGCGGGGGUAGUGCUCAAAGUCACUCCCAUGGUUUCCAGGACAUGCAUAGUUACCCUCAGUAUCUAUUCAACACGUCCGAGAUCACGAACGAGUAUAAUCUCCUGAACGACUUCCUCUCCAACAGUCUAGUUGACGACGCAGUGCCUUUCGGAAAUGAAGCGACCAUGGAUCCUAGCAGCAUGAACCUCUUUUCCGACCCAUCUCUCAGCAUGAACAACCUAGCUCGCCAAAGCACCUCCCACUCUCUCAACCCGAAUCAACUCCAUGCACAGCCGCAAGAUCACCGGCAACAGGCGUCGCAAGCAGCUUCGAACCAGAUGCUGCCACCGGCGCAUGCAGCUGCUGGAUCAGCCAUUUCCCGUCCAUCAUCCGCCUAUCCCUUUGACAAAGCUCGAGAAGCCUACUAUCUUGUAGCCGCCGAUCCUGCCGGUAACGAUACGGCCGAAGAGCGAUUGAAGAAGUUGUUGAAAGCGAAGUACGAUGCGGGGCUCCUAAGACCCUUCAAUUACGUCAAGGGCUAUGCGCGGCUGAAUCAGUUUAUGGAGCGAAAUCUCGCCCCGGUCUCUCGGCAGAAGAUUCUUAAGCAGCUCGAGAAGUUCCGGCCAGCGUUUAGAGAACGGGUUCAGAAGCUCACGGAUCUCGAGCUGGUCCUCGUGGAGAUGUGGUUCGAGAGGAGUUUGAUGGAGUAUGAUCGCGUUUUUGCAAGCAUGAGUAUCCCGGCAUGCUGUUGGCGGCGGACUGGGGAAAUAUUCCGAGGGAACAAGGAAAUGGCGGAGUUGAUUAAAGUUCCUUUGGACCGGUUACGAGAUGGCAAAAUCGCCAUCCACGAAAUCUUUGUUGAAAACUCCCUAGUUUCGUACUGGGAAAAGUUUGGUGCCAUCGCGUUCGAUGCUUCACAGAAGGCCAUCCUAACGUCUUGCUCGCUGAAGAAUCCAGGCUCGGGAACAGGGACUACCGGGAAUACGGGCAGCACCCAAAAUAUGGGUUCCACUGCUUUGGCGCAACUGCAUGGGGAGACGGUGCCUGAUGCGGGGUCUGGUACUUCGGAGAUCAGAUGUUGCUUUAGUUUCACGAUAAAGCGGGAUCCGCAUAACAUUCCGGCGUUGAUUGUGGGAAACUUUCUACCUAUUCUGCCAUCCCAUUCGACUCAGUGACUAGAGGAGAGGGAAGGUUAGGUAAAUAAAACGUCGAUGGCACGAUGACAUGAUUAGGCUCUUUGCAAGACUGCCUGUAAGUACCUUAGGUGUAGAAGACGAUGGCUCACAGCGGAUAUGCCUCGCAAUUGCUGGAAUUGAGUCUGUAGUGACUGAGAAGGGUCGUCCUCUGCGAUGCAUGAAUUGCUACUGUAUAUUUUCUUCAAGGCAGCAUUUUCCUGACCUGCGCUCGUUCAACUUUCAUUCCUUCCUCAUUGACCGCUGUUGUCAAACCAUUGUAUCUCUAUCUGUGCUUACUGAUCUUCGGGGACAAAGAAGGCACGUUGAUUGGAGAGCUGUAUGACACGACGCGUCCAUUGAUAUCCCUAAAGCAUGGCUACUCGUUCGUAUGGUGUUUGAAUAUUUCUACAAAUCGAUAUCGUUGUCCUUUUCCAUCAGGUCAGGUGAUUGUGUGUCGCUUCCGUCCAUCUCGAUGUCAUCAUCAUUUUAAG